AUGGACAACUAUCGCCAGCAGUUUGAAAAUGAGCUUCGUGCCAAGCUCCAGCAGAAGUCUACCUCUCACGUCUCCGAAGAAACUGUCCUCUUACGUUCUUUCAAAUAUUUUGACCUUGAUAACAGCGAAACAGUCUCUCUUGACGAAUGGACUAAAGCUAUAGAAAAAAUUGGCCUUGUAGUCCCUGACAAAAGGCUUCUGGAAGACCUUUUUAGGUUUUAUGACACUGACCACUCAGGAGCUUUGGACUAUAAAGAAUUCGUUGCCGCAAUUUAUGAUAACCAAAGUGUCACUGGCAGGCCAGGGACUUCUCAAAAAACACUGAACCAGCAAAUACAAGAAGGCCAAGCUGGGAUAGAAAAAAUCAGGGAAAGGCUGGCUGCAAGAGGAGGCAGAGGAAUCAUGGGCUUGGCAAGGCAGUUUAAGAUUAUGGAUGACGACGGGUCAGGCUGUCUUGAUUUCUAUGAGUUUUCAAAAGCUAUAAGGGAUUUUAGGGUAGAAAUCAAGGAAAAUGAGCUGCAAGCUGUUUUUAAUUUGAUUGACAGGGACAGGUCAGGAGAAAUUGACUAUGAUGAGUUUUUGAGAGCUGUAAGAGGGCCUAUGAAUGAUUUUAGGGUUGCUUUAUGCUUUAUUCUUAAGUUUUUUCUAUAAAAAAUAUAGAUUUUAUAUAGGAAAAUUCAAUAUAAUAAAAUAUAGUCAAUAGAGCUUUUGAUAAACUUGAUUCAGACAGGUCUGGGAUCCUUGACAUUGAAGACGUCAAAGAGUUUUAUAACGCCAGAGGCCAUCCUGACGUCAGAAGUGGCAGAAAAACUGAGGACGACGUAUUAGGAGAAUUUUUAGAAACCUUUGAAAUGCAUCAUAAUAUUGGUGGGACUAGAGAUAGAAAAGUGACGAGAGAGGAAUUUAUGGAAUAUUAUAAUAAUAUUUCUGCAAGUAUAGAUAAUGACCAGUAUUUUGAACUUAUGAUGUCAAAUACGUGGAAACUUAAUGAAGCUCCUGCUUAUACCAAAAAUAAAGCCUGGACUAAUGCAGGGGAAGAUGGAAAUAAAGGCCCUGCCAGACCAAGCAAAAAUUCUGAGGUAAAAAAAAUUUUGCCUUACCACUGUCUAAAAAAAUUAUUUUGCAGAAAAAAAAUCAUUAAAAAUUAGCAGCCAAAAUUCUCCUGGAUUAUUACCUCCUGCUCCACCACUGAACCAGAGAAGUGUAGAAAUGCUAUUAGAAAGGUUCAGAAGCAAGCUGGCCACUAGAGGAGCGAGAGGUAUAAUUGGUAUUGCAAGACAGUUCAAAAUUAUGGACGACGAUAACUCAGGAACUAUCAGUAUGGGAGAAUUCCGAAAAGGCUGCAGAGAUUUCAGAAUUGACAUUGAAGAUGAGGACAUUGAAAAACUAUUUAAUGCCCUUGAUAGGGAUAGGAGUGGAGUAUACCAAAAUAAAUGGCAAAAAUAAUCCUAAAAAUCCUUACAAAAAAAACUCUAUUCUUUUUAACUUGCAUAAUUGACUAUGACGAGCUUAUCAGAGGCAUACGAGGCCCCAUGAACUCUUUUCGCCGCCGCGUCGUCAGUCAAGCCUGGGACAAGCUUGACCGUGACAAAAGUGGCAUCAUCGACAUUGAAGACCUCAAAGGUGUCUACUCCGCCAAAAACCACCCUGACGUCAAAUCAGGCAAAAAAACCGAAAAUGAAGUCCUCGGCGAAUUUCUCGAAACUUUUGAAACCCACCACAAUAUUUGCGACCUCUCCAAGAGAGACCGCAAUAUUACUAAAGAUUAGAUUAGAUUAGAUAUAUGUUAUAGCGGGUCUUAAGGGAUUAUUUCAGCCCCUCGCCGUCCCACGGAUAGCUUCGCAGUGACGCUAAGCGCUAUCCUCACACCACCUUUUUCCUCUACUGACGUCACCAAAAAAUGGUGACGUCGAAGGUCUUCGGGGAAGCCACCCUAUUUGGUCAGGGUCUCCGAAUCUCAGCAUAAAACUCCUUUAACCUCUGACAGGGCUCAGAGUAUAGGGGAAUCGCCUUCUGCCUUCUCCAUGACCUGUCAGAACCGUAUCACAGGUUCGAUAAUGCUCUCAUGGAGUGGUAUCGGGACUUUGUGCCAGUAGGGUUAACUCGUAGGUAAGGAAAAAAAGACAAGGGUCAGCCCCAAGCCAAAAAACCCACCCCGGAGAACUAUCGCCAUGUGGUUCGCCUUUCCUGGGCCUGGAUCAACUCACAGGUCACCAGGAGUCCACGUCAGAUCACGCCAUUUUAAUAAUUCUAUUACUAAAGAAGAAUUCGAAGAAUACUAUAACAACGUCUCAGCCAGCAUUGACGAUGACAGAUAUUUUGAGCUCAUGAUGAACAAUGCCUGGAAACUCCAACAAGACUCAGGAAGAGGCGCAUGGGCCGGAUCUUCAAAAGGAUUUUCCCCUGACAGCAAAAGAGCUUAUAUGUUAGCGAACCACCCAAGUGCGGCAUUAGGGAAAAGUGUAGCCAGUACUGCACCUUAUGGGACUACAGAGACUUAUGCUCCGCCUAGAAGGGAUAAUGAUAUAGCGGAAUCAGCCCAGCCAAGGUCAGCAAAUCCUACUAUUGAUGAGGUUUUAGAAGCACUAAGAGGGAGAUUGGCAGCAAGGGGGGCCAGAGGGUUUGUAGGGAUCGCUAGGAAUUUUAAGAUUAUUGAUGACGAUGGGUCAGGGAAUUUGGAUUAUAAUGAGUUUUUGAAGGCUAUGAGAGAUUUUAGGGUGGAUUUUCCUGAAAAAGACCUGAGGAAGCUGUUUAACCAUUUUGAUGCGGAUAAUAGUGGGACUAUUGAUUAUGAAGAGUUUAUUCAUAGACUGAGAGGACCUAUGAAUAAUAAUAGAAAGCAGCUUGUUACGCAAGCUUUUAAUAAGCUUGAUAGUAAUGGCAAUGGAAUUGUGGAGCUUGAUGAUAUUAAAGGGGUAUAUAACGCAAGAAAUCACCCUGAUGUAAGAGCUGGUAAAAAAACUGAAGAAGAAGUUCUUUGUGAAUUUUUAUUUUUUUUUUUAAAAAAAUAUAGGAUAUCUUAUUCUUAUUUUAAAAAAAAUCUAUUUAUUAGUAAUAGGAUAUUUUUUUGUAUAUGAAUAAGGCAUUUCUGAUAGGUAUAUAUAUAAAAAAUUAUAUUUAUUGGUUAUAGGAUAUUCUUUUGUAUAUAAAUUGGUUAAAAGAUACUAAUACUGAUAAUAAUUUAUAUAAAAGGCAAAAAGGUAUAGACACCUUUGAAAUCCACCACGCCACAUUUAAAGAAAACACCAGAGACCAUCGCGUCACACUUGACGAAUUUAUGGAAUACUAUGCCCACGUGUCCGCUUCUAUCGACGAUGACAGAUAUUUCGACCUUAUGAUGAAAAACUCUUGGAACUUCGACAAGAAGUCCUACGAAAAAGCCUGGGCUGGCGACAUGACGACUCCUGCUCGUAGGCAAAGAUAA